GCAGAGAGAAAAUAAAUGAGGGAGAAGCAGGAUCCUUCUGCAUUGUAUGGAUUGCUUAUUGGAACAAGGAGGGGCAUGUAGAGGGAGGGACAUCGGAGACCGGGGGAGAGAAACGCAGAGUGUGAGCUGUGUAUGUGUGCGGGUGUGUGUGUGAUUAGACUCGUUGAACCUGUGCGUCGGUGUCUCUAUCGGCUCCUCCGUGUUGUCAUGCUCCACGCCUGAUGCCGCGCGCAGGACGCAGGCUGCCCGGUACGCGCCCGGUGAUGGCCGGACGCGCCCUGACUCGGUCCUCCUGCUUCUCCACAUAUCCUCCCGGGCUUCUGCUGACUUCUCCUCCUGAUCCCCUUCAGCCCUCGUCAAUGUCCUUCCUUGCCGCUGAGUGGAUGCUGCUGUCAUCACACAUGUGUGGCUCGCAGUGAGAGCCCAUGAUCUGGACUGGAUUGCUCUUGGGUGCCAUGCUGCUUUAGGGUGACACUGAUUAAUUUUUAAAGACUUUACCUUUUUUACAGCUGCUGGUGAUCAUAUUUUUUGAUGGCGUAUGAUGCGGGGAAGUUGUUAUUCUGAAUUGAAUCCAGAAGAGGAUUGCCUGAGCAACAUGCAAGAUGGGGGGUUCUGCACAUGAAAAUAAGGUCAUGUAAAUAAUUAUAAUCUGGAAUGAGUCACCAUAAUGAAGAUUCAUUUGCUUGAGUAGCUGCAUACAUAUGCAGUGGAUAGAUUUUAAUUGGGUGUUUUCUAGGAACAAUAGAGCAGCUUGACAGUGUGCUGAAGGUUGUCAGGAAUGGUGGAUUUUCCUGAAAUGAAAUUUACAGUCAGAGAAGAAAUCCGUGACUGAAAUUCCAAUCCGAAACAAAGAAUUUCGGGAUUUGGGGGAUGUAUGAAACCAAAAGCUGCUCUGCUGUCGUAUCUUGAAAGGAGAAACUUAAUCUCCCUCAAUGUAAGUUUUUCGUUGUGCAGUCAGAUUCUCUCAAGUCCCAACACGCUGGCAAACUGUCAGUCGUUGAUGUCGCUCUGUCUGGUUUCAUUCAUCUACUGUGUGUCCACUGAAGCCUGAACACAUGAGCGGAGGCGGCGCCCUGCAGCAACGCACCACCUACCUCAUCUCCCUCACCCUGGUCAAGGUAGAGGCUGUGGAGGAGAAUGGAGGGGAGGCCGACAACAGCAACCAGGGGAAGGAGGUGGUGGAGGCCGGGCCUGGAGGAAGGGAAGGAGAAGAGGACGGGGCCGGAGUGGAGGCUAAAGGUGAAGCACGGGCUGAGAAUGGAGCUGGACAACCACCAAAAGCUGUAGAUGAUGUGAAAGAUGACAAGUUAUUGGAUGAACUUAAAGAUGGAGAUAGAAAGCCCCUCAGCCCCCUGAAGGAUAAACCUCCACCAACUGUGGACGUCCCAAGCAAAGGGAGUGAAAAGCCCCCGUGCAACCUCUCCAUCCCCUUACCUCCGGAGAGGGCAACACUUCAGAAGACAACGUCUGCCGAGACAGACCUAACAAGAGUCCAGAAGACACCUUCAACUCCUGAGGCGAAGCAAUGCAGGUCACCAUCACUGACCCCAACGCCUCCAACAGAGAUGGUGGAGCCAACUCGCACCCCGACCAGGACCAGCCUCCCCAUCCGCCCGGUGGGGCAGCGUCCUGUGAGUCUUCUGAAGUCUCACAGCAACGUGGCCACCCGGGGUCGCGAGUUCAGGGACGGAAGAGAGCGAAGCCCUACCUCGGCGCAGAGCCUGGACAGAAAGGACUGCCGGAUGCCCACGCGCUCUCCGGGCCCCUGCAGGGCCUCGUGGGCCGAGGCCAGCAGGCCCGACGCAUGGAGGAUGGACGAAGCUCAAGCAGGAAUGCCUCUGGAGAUCGGAGGUAGCAUGGUUGCGGUGAUGAGAGACCAACCCAGAAAGGACAGGCUAAAGACCGGGUCGGCGUCCCUACCUGGGCCUCCGAACCAGACCACCAAGCCGGGACGCAAAGGUAAAAGCCGCACGUUGGACAACAGCGACCUGAACAGCCUGUCUGAAGACCUGGGGUUAGCGAGGGAGAACCAGCAGGCCCAGCAGGGGCAGCGAGGCUCCGCUAAAGACAGGAAGAUGCUCAAGUUCAUCAGCGGGAUCUUCACAAAGAGCAGCUCGGGGGCGGCGGGGUCUUCCUCCACAGCGCCGCCGGUCUACAUACAGAGAGACUCCAGUGAGGAAGAAGUAAAUAUUGCCAACAGCCAGGAGUGGAGCUUGAGCAGAUCCAUCCCCGAGCUCAGACUGGGCAUUCUGGGAAGUCUAAAAAGCGGCAAGUCAGCGCUCGUGAAUAAAUACAUCACAGGCAGUUAUGUUGCACUGGAGAAGACUGAGGGUGGCAGGUAUAAGAAGGAAGUACUGGUGGACGGACAGAGUCAUUUACUACUGAUCCGAGAAGAAGCUGGACCUCCUGAUGCACAGUUCAGCAGCUGGGUGGACGCAGUGAUCCUGGUCUUCAGUCUGGAGAACGAGAGCAGCUUCCAGGAGCUCUACCAGCUCUUCAGCCAGCUGAGCAAACACCGCAGCGACGUCCCCGUGAUAGUGGUCGGCACACAAGGUCAGCAGCGUAAAGAAUCCUCAGAAACAAAAUAA